AUGGCCAGCAGCUCUGAUGUGGUGAAGAAAGUCAUGCGGCUCAAACUUCAGCUCACAGACACAGCAGAGACUGCCACGGUUCUUAAAAUCUUGCAGAAACUCAAGGAUCUGGAUAUCACGCUAGAUAUUCUUGCUGAAACUGGAAUUGGCAAAGCAGUUAACUCCUUGCGAAGACAUGAACAGGCUGGAGAAUUUGCCAAGUCGCUAGUUAAAGGUUGGAAAAAACUGGUCCCUAAGGAGUGCUCAAGCCACACAGAAGUUGGGGAUGUGUCAGAGACCAUGUCUGUUAAAGACAAACUAGACGACCAAAACUGUUCAAACACUGGAAGUUUGACAAUAGAGGAUUUAAACAAUAACUGCUCAACAUCUCACAGCAAGAGUCAGGAAUCCUCAGAUGAGGUCUUCUUCAAAACGGGGAGUGGGAAAACCGCUUCACAGAAACAACAAUGUGAACAACAGAAAGGAAAAGAGAAUGAAAAUGGAGAAAAAAGUCACCAAGAAAACCAGAAUAUUUGUCAGAAUGACAUCUUGGAAAAGGAAAUUGGAGAGGAUCAAAUAGACGUAUUAUUUGCUUUCAAGAAGAAAAAUGAUCAGAGCAACAGAAAAUCAGGAGAUGGUGAUACUUUGCUUGGAAACAACUCAGAAGACACUCAUCAGAGAUCCAGGUCUGACUCCAGGGAAAAGCCGAAAAGCAACUCUGAUGAUGGAGGAUUUUGGCCAGAAAAAGAGUCAAAUAAGAAAUCAAAGCCAUCAAAAGAAUCAUUGAAGGAAGAUGAAGAAUCUUUUUCAUUUGAGUCCAGUGACAAAAACUCAAAAACCUUAAAACUGGCCAAUGCCAGAGAGGACAGGUCUUCAGGAAAAUCGAGGAGCUCAGAGGACCAAAAGAGAAAAAGGAACAAAACAAGCAAAGAGAGGCAUGUCGGUCUUGAACAUAAACAAGAGUCUGAAAGCAAGGGACAUUCAAAACACAAGAACAAAAAGGCCAAAAUGAAACACAAAGACAAGGAAAGUGUCAGUGACCAAGAGGAGCCCUCCAAGUCUUUUGAAUCGUACUUGAACUAUGACGUGAAUGUUUUCAAGAGAAAAGAGCGAUGUGGAGUAAAGAGAGCUCCCAGAAAAAUCAAGACUGGAGUAAAAGAGGAAGCAGCAAAAGAUUCUGUCAUGAAACUUUUCAAGUCACCUGUAAUGUCUAUAACUAUUAGCCCUCCAAAACAGAAGUUUGAGGAGUCUGUAAUGGACCUGAUGAACAUUCCUUUACCUGCUGUUCUGCCUGAAUGGGAAGGGCCCUCCAGUGUUGAGUACUUUGAUAGGAAAGGUAAUGUGUGUAGAGAGUCUGAUUUCUGCGACGCCUCUGAGGACACUGCCGUCUUUACCGGUCAGCGACUUAACAAGAAGAUGCAAGUGUACUCUGGUGCCAAGACCGUCUUCCUCCCAACCAUGAUGAGCUUAUACCAACAGUGUAUCCGCAUACUCCAGAACAAUAUUAACUUGCUUUAUGAAACCGGCGGAGUCCCAUUUGAAAUCCUCGAGCCAGUGUUGGAGAGGUGUACGCCGGAGCAGCUGCUACGCAUUGAAGAAUGCAACCCAAUCUACAUUGGAGUGUCAGACCACAUAUGGGGGAGACACUGCCAGAGGGACUUCAAAGACUCCAAGCUUCAGGAGUACGAAUCAUGGAAAGAGAUGUACAUCAGGUUGUCUGAGGAGAGGGAAAGGAAACUCCAAAGACUGACAAAAAGCAUUGUAUCGGCCCAUUCUAAGAAACCCAAAGGUCGGCAGGUGAAGAUGGCAUUUAUUCACACUGUUGCCAAGCCACCGAGAGAUGUGCGAAUUCAGCAGGAAAUUCAUGGAACUGCUGUUCAGCACCCUCAUCAGCCCAGGUGCAGCAUCAAGGUUCAGGACAACAGACUGAGGCCGAGUUGUAAUGAGCCCAGCCGGUCCAGCAGCUCCAGCUCAGGGGGAAGCAGUACACCAGACCCCCGCAAAAAAACAAGAGUUGCUCCAAUGAUGGCAAAGUCCUUAAAGGCAUUUAAGAAACAGUUUGGACGCAGAUAA